CACUUAGUUUCAUUUAGUCAUUUCAUACAAUUCUUGUUUCUAAUCAUCGUUUCGAAUCAAUAUUUUAUAGAUAUCGAUAUUAAUGUCUAUUACCCAAAGCGAAGAUUCAGAGUUCGAUAUCAAAGCAUCUGCCAAUCGAAUAGCUGAUGAGGCCCAAAGCAUACAGGAACUUAUCAAGCACUAUGGAAGAUUAGCACGACAGUUUCAAGAUGAUGUAGCCCAACAUGUUCUGAAAGAGGUAGAGGAAAGUAACCGCUUCAAGUCACUUUAUGCUACUGUGGCUAAAGCUGAGCUUGAUUCUCUUCGGAAUAAUGAUUUCAUAACCUAUUCACACCAAAGGAUGGAAGCUGAUGUUGAUUCUGAAUGUACCUUCCCCACAUCACGGAUGCGUGCGCAUGGAAGGGCCGAAGAAUUUCAGGAGGAUUUGGGAGAAGUUUCAUGGGUAUCAAGACUUAAUGCAUCAGAGUUUUCACACUGGAGUCCCGAUGUAAGUUCAUCAUUAAAGGCUCAUGGGGAUAUUAGGGAAGUAUUUUUGGGAUGGCGGAAAAGAAACGAUAGCUUAGAUAUUGUAUUUAAACACAUGUGUGAGCUUUUAUUCGAUUCACCACACCAAGCACGGGAUGUCAAUUCACCAACAGAUCAGAAAUAUGUAUGCUUUUUUAAUGGUUUGCCUUUCACUCCCCCUUCCGUCGCUAAUGUGGAUGACAACAUCGAUUUAUGGAAACAGCUUGCUUCAUUCAGGGAUCAUUUUCAAACCACUAGAACCGUUGAGGAUGGAGUUGUCAACAUCGCACAAGUGUACACGGACACUAUCAUCGAUCUUUCCAUCCUGACCAAGAAACAGUUUUGUGAAGUUCUCUGGUUCAACUAUGAAUUUGAGAGCAACAGCACACCUUAUCUCGGAACGAUAUCAAAGAGUUUCUACAAUAACUUUACACCGAAUAUUCAAUGUGAUAUUCAUGACAAUAUUCUUUUGGUCAACCCUUCUCGGUUACAUGGAAGUCAGCCUUUUAGAGGGUUCUUUAUUAAAUCAAAAUUGAUUGCAGUUGAGCAUAUUGGCACCCCUGUUAAUAUCUCUUUACUGUUGUCUUCCAGUAGAGAUAGGAUCAUAAAGAUUGAGAAUGACAAUGUAAAUAAAAUGGACCAAAUUGUUCAAAUGUUUAUCAAAAUAUUUCUUUCCAUUAAUAACGGUGUGGAUGACACACCAGCAAGUACUGUCAUAACGGCUACUUUCAAAUAUGACGAGUUUCUGCCAUUCUCAAACAUUGGUGCUACUAUGCCAUCUCAAUUAGGUACAGUUCUAGAUGUAAGGCCUAUUACUCCUUCUUUACCUUUUUGUUGGCAUUUCACAUGGGCUGAGAUCUGUGCAUUAGGUCAGCUCAAUCAGGAUGAGCGAGUUUUCCGUACUAAUUGCGAUGCAAAAGAUGUUAUUUUCAAAGUAACAAAUAUACCCGCCUCUUCUCUACUAGAGUACGACACUCUAAGCGCGUUGGUCUUCCCCAUUCUCAACCAAGAAAUGAAAAACCAUCUUAAAGACAUGUUCAAAGCCGUUUCUCCGGAUCAUAUACACUUCAAAAACAUCAAGGAAAGGAAAUCCUUGCUCUCGAGAUACCCGGUAAUUGGUACAUUGGGUGUCAUAUUAGUACUAUUGGGAGUGGGGUUAGGACGUCUAUUAUAAAGUAAUAAAGUUUUCUAACCUUAUGUUUUCACUAUUCUUACCAUCCGUUGUAUCAGAAUUAGCAUACUUAUGUUGCUCCGAUGUAUAAUGUUUUAUGUUCUAGUUUCUAUUUUAGACU